AGCAAACUGACAUAUAACACACAAUUUUCAAAUGACGAUUGCCAUUUUACGUUUGUUGAGCUUUGCCUGAAUCUUGAUAAUUUUUCAAAAUAAUUAUGCAGAAUUAAUUUCAUGUAGUAUAUUAUUACAUAAGGUUGUUUGUGUUAAGAACCCGCUUUCAAAAAUGUCCCUCGACACGGUUCCAAAAGAUUUAAGAGGUUUAAGAGCAUGUUUAGUUUGUUCUCUAAUUAAGACAUUCGAUCAGUUCGAAUAUGAUGGCUGUGACAAUUGCGAUGAGUUUCUCCGGAUGAAGAACAAUAAGGACAAUGUAUAUGACUGCACAAGUAACAAUUUUGAUGGAAUGAUUGCAGUUAUGAGCCCUGUUGAUAGUUGGGUCUGCAAGUGGCAGAGAAUAAGUAGAUUUUGUCAAGGUGUGUAUGCUAUAUCUGUGUCGGGGCGGCUUCCAGCUGGUGUUAUAAGAGAAAUGAAGAGUCGCGGUAUCGCCUACAGACCCAGAGACACGAGCCAGAGAUAAAAAAAUUGCUAUUUUAGGAAAUUAUUAUGCUUAAGAUAUGGAAUUAAUAAAUAUUAUAUUGACACUAAAA